GCGUCGGCUCCGCCGCGCCGGACCCCAGGGAGUGUUUCUUGAGCGUGGAUCAUGUGCUGACCCUGUGCUGGACGCAGAGGAUGCAGAGCUCCACUGGGGCCAUGUCGGAUCGAGAAGAGCGGCGCUUCGUGGAGAUCCCGCGCGAGUCGGUGCGGCUCAUGGCCGAGAGCACGGGCCUGGAGCUGAGCGACGAGGUGGCGGCCCUGCUUGCAGAGGACGUGUGCUAUCGGCUCCGGGAAGCAACACAGAACAGCUCUCAGUUCAUGAAGCAUACCAAACGCCGGAAGCUGACAGUUGAGGACUUCAACAGGGCGCUUAGAUGGAGCAGCGUGGAGGCUGUCUGUGGGUAUGGAUCCCAGGAAGCGCUGCCCCUGCGGCCCGCCAGGGAGGGUGAACUCUACUUCCCUGAGGACCGAGAAGUGAACCUGGUGGAGCUGGCCUUGGCCACCAACGUCCCCAAAGGCUGUGCCGAGACGGCAGUCAGAGUUCAUGUCUCCUAUCUGGAUGGCAAGGGGAACCUGGCCCCCCAGGGAUCAGUACCCAGUGCUGUGUCUUCGCUGACUGAUGACCUGCUCAAGUACUAUCAGCAGGUGACUCGAGCUGUGCUGGGGGAUGACCCACAGCUGAUGAAGAUUGCUCUCCAAGACCUGCAGACCAACUCCAAGAUCGCAGCGCUCCUGCCUUACUUUGUCUACGUGGUCAGUGGGGUGAAGUCCGUCAGCCAUGACCUGGAGCAGCUGCACCGGCUGCUGCAGGUGGCCCGGAGCCUCGUCCGCAACCCGCACCUCUGCCUGGGGCCCUACGUGCGUUCCCUGGUGGGCAGCGUCCUGUACUGCGUCCUCGAGCCACUGGCCGCCUCCAUCAAUCCCCUGAAUGACCACUGGACUCUGCGGGAUGGCGCCGCACUCCUGCUCAGUCACAUCUUCUGGACUCACGGGGACCUUGUGAGUGGCCUCUACCAGCAGAUCUUGCUCUCCCUCCAGAAGGUCCUCGUAGACCCCGUGCGGCCUCUCUGCUCUCACUACGGUGCUGUCGUGGGGCUGCACGCGCUUGGCUGGAAGGCGGUCGAGCGCGUCCUGUACCCGCACCUGUCCACGUACUGGACCAACCUGCAGGCUGUGCUGGACGACUACUCGGUGUCCAACGCUCAGGUCAAAGCGGACGGCCACAAGGUCUACGGGGCCAUUCUGGUGGCCGUGGAGCGGCUGCUCAAGAUGAAGGCGCAGGCAGCCGAGCCCCGCAAGGCCGGCGCGGGCGGCCGGGGCUGCCGGCGCCCCGAAGACCUGCCCUGGGACAGCCUGCUCCUGCAGGACGCCCCGUCCGGGCCCGAGCCGGGCUUCGGGGCCGGCCUCUCGCUGCCGCCGGGCGCCGCGGGCCCCGACGACCCGUCCCCGUCCGUCGCCCUGGCCGACAUCUACCGGGAGCUCUACGCCUUCUUCGGCGACAGCCUGGCCACCCGCUUCGGCACGGGCCAGCCGGCGCCCAGGGCCCCGCGGCCGCCCGGGGACAAGAAGGAGCCGGCGGCCGCCGCCGACCCCGUGCGCAAGAUGCCGCAGCUCACGGCCAGCGCCGUGCUCAGCCCGCCGGGCGACGAGAGCCCGCGCGCCGCCGCCGACGGCCGGCCGCUGCCGCGCGUGCGGGGGGCGCGGGGGGCGCCGCGGCAGCAGGGCCCGGGCACCCGCGACGUCUUCCAGAAGAGCCGCUUCGCCCCGCGCGGCGCCCCGCACUUCCGCUUCAUCAUCGCGGGCCGGCAGGCGGGGCGGCGCUGCCGCGGGCGCCUCUUCCAGACGGCCUUCCCCGCGCCCUACGGCGGCGGCGCGGCGUCCCGCUACGUGCAGAAGCUGCCCAUGAUCGGCCGCUGCGGCCGCCCGGCCCGCCGCUGGACGCUGGCCGACUACUCGCUGUACCUGCCGCUCUGAGCGGGGCAAUAAAGGCCGCGCCG